GAACAGCAGGCAGAAGGUCAAUAAGAGCAGGUGCACAUACGAGAAAGCCCUCCGUUGGCUGUCUCAACGUGUAUGCAUUUGGAAUAAUUACACCAUGUUAAUGAGUUUUUAUCUUAUAAUAAUUAAAAAUCAGUGCAGUGGAUUCAAUAUACGACCGACAACUACUAAUAUAAGACAUUUGCCAUCUUGAUCGUUUGUUUAAAUUAUCAGUUCAAAUUGUGCAAUAAGGUGAUCAAGAAACAUGCCUGGAAAAAGAGGAAGAAAAGGCAAAUCUGGCCAACAUGGAAAACGUGCUGAAGUAAUGUCCGAUGACGAUUUAAGUACUAAUGACGCUGCUAGUGUGACCAGUGGACAGUCGGAUAAUAAAAGUUUAGCAAUAGAUGAUGUAAAUGACAACAAUGAAAUUGAUGAGAUUAGCCAACAAGAAGUUUUUGAGGAAAAACUCAAAGAAGCUAUUGAUGGAUUGUCUCAAAAGAGUGCUAAAGGCAGAACAUUUUGUUUCAAUGGGAUUGAAAAAAUGUUUUCGCUUAAAUACGUUCCAGAUUUUGUAGAAGACAGAAAAAUGACAAUCACUGAUUGCGUUGAACGUGGAUUAAAGAAAGGAAAAAAUGAUGAAAAAUGUGUUGCUGCAAGGUUAAGCACUCUUUUAUGUGUUCAACUUGGUGCAUUUGAAAGUGCUGAGAUUGUCUGUAAAGAUCUGAAAUCCAUUCUUAUGUUGAUUGCUAAUGAUAAUACUGUUUCAACUCAAGUUAGAGCUGAGUGUUGCUGGGCUUUAAGUAUGAAUCAUUUCUUAUCUGGUAAUGAUGCUGCUGAUACUGUUGUUAAUGUUCAACUGUUAUCAAAUAUAUUUGCCGGUUCAUAUUUAAAAGGUAACGGUGCUGCUGCUGCAGUUUCUGUCGAAUUAGGCACACUUCAUGCAGCUGCACUAUCAGCUUGGACUCUUCUUUUAACUAUUAUGACUCCUUCGGAUAUUUAUAAUUUACUUGCUAGUAGCAGAAUUAAUAACUUUAUGCCAUCUCUUGAUCGUUUACGUCAGCUUCUGGAAUCUCCGCAUCUUGAUGUGCGCAUGUCAGCAGGUGAAGCCCUAGCAGUCAUUUUCGAACUUGGUCGCGAAUAUUCUGAAGAUUAUGAACAUGAUUGGGCUGCUGAUGAACUCGUUGAUGUAUUAAAAGAAUUAGCUACGGAUUCCAAUAAGUCUAGAGCAAAAAAAGAUCGUAAACAACAACGAGCGAGUUUUCGAGACAUUUUAAGAUAUAUCGAGGAGGACAUUGUACCCGAAAUGCAGAUUCGUUUUGGCAAAGAAACAUUGUAUCUUGAAGGAUGGUGUCCACGUAUACAAUAUAAUGCAUGUUGCAGAAUAUUAGGCUCUGGUAUAAAUAUUCAUCUUGCUGAAAAUUUACUUUUACGAGAUAUAUUUCAUCUUGGUAAUACAGUACCCGUAACAGCUUUCCAAAAAACAAGUAAACUGGAACGAACUUUGAUGAAUGCAGCAGCAUUUAAAGCUCGUACGAUAUUACGGAAUAAAACUCGCGAUAAACGCUCGGUAGCAAUGUCACAAUAAUUUAUCAUGCUUUUGUCUCUACAUAAUUAAAUUUUGAAUGUAAACAAUUUUUUUUUUAAUAUAUUUAUUUCUUUUAUGUUCAGAUUA